AAGGAAACAACAGCGGAAGAAAGAUGAGAUAGGUUUUAUGAAGGGUUUAGAGAGUUCCUCUUGAAGGCUUUAGAGGCGGCUGCUACUUCUUGCGCCUCUCACUCACCACAUUCUAACUUAUUUUCUCGGGAAAAUCCCCCCGUCACUUUCUCAUGACCCAAACACCAUCAACCUGCAACUAAGCUCUCUCGAUCUCACGCUUCCAUCAUCGCAAAAAUGUGGACCUACUUAGCUAAGCGAGCUUCCUCAACGAAGUUCAAGCUACCCUCCGAAUCCUUCUACUUACCUUCAUCUUCCAAUUCCCGAAGUUUUUCUCGGCAUUUGAAUUUUCCCGAGAAAAUUAAAGCCGCUAGGACCCAGAUACUACCAGGGUUCCAGUUUUUGGGUUUCGUUAAAGUUGGAGUCUUUGCACCGAGAAACGAACUUUGUGGAUCCAAUUUUUCGUUUUCUGAGGAACACUUUGGUUUUUCUAAGUACUUGAAGUUAGCUAGAUAUUAUGGUAGCGCUGCUGAGGCUAUUGAAUCCACUACUGAUACGGAAGAUGAUUGUCCCACUUCCAAUGAGGUUCAGAAAUUGUUGGAGCAUAUGUUGAAGGAAGAAGAGAAGGGAAAAGCAAAAGCCCAAGUGGAAACGAAGAACGGUGGUGUUGAAGGCAUGGCUAACUACAAGUUCAAGAUGCUUCGGAAGAGGCAGAUAAAGGUGGAGACUGAGGCAUGGGAAGAGGCAGCUAAAGAGUAUCAGGAGCUAUUGGAUGACAUGCGUGAGCAGAAGCUUGCACCCAAUCUGCCUUACAUGAAAUCGUUAUUCCUUGGUUGGUUUGAGCCUUUGAGGAAUGCAAUUGCAGCUGACCAAGAGUAUUCCAAACGCAAUGUGCAUAGGUUGAGCCAUGCUCCUUAUUUCAAUGAGUUGCCCGCGGAGAUGAUGGCUGUGAUCACAAUGCACAAGUUGAUGGGGUUGUUGAUGACCAACAGUAAUGGAGUAGGCAGUGCCAGAGUGAUCCAAGCUGCUUGUCAAAUAGGUGAAGCCGUUGAACAUGAGGCAAAGAUAUACAGAUUUAUGGAGAAGACAAAAAACACGAAGAGUGCAAAUGCUGACAAGCCUGAUGGAGGAUGUGCUCCUGAAUCCAUAGAAACGGGCAAACUGAAGGAAGAGAAAGAGAAAAUGGCUAAGGACCAGAAGAGACUCAGGAAAAAGGUUUCCAUGUUGAUGAAAAAACAGAAGCAGAAGCAAGUGUUGGGAAUAGUUCGGGGUCUAGAUGCUUCAAAGCCUUGGGGACAGGAAGGUCAAGUAAAGGUUGGUUCUCGUUUGAUGCAAUUGUUAAUAGAAUCAGCUUACAUUCAACCGCCUGCUAAUGAAAUUGGAGAUGCUCCACCAGAUAUAUACCCUGCAUUUAAGCAUACUCUUAGAACUGUGACAAGUGAUUCUCAGAGUAGGAGAUAUGGUGUUAUUGAAUGUGACCCACUGGUGCUCAAGGGCCUUGAGAAGACUGCUAGGCAUAUGGUCAUGCCCUACAUGCCAAUGCUGGUUCCACCUAUUAACUGGACAGGGUAUGACAAAGGAGCAUACUUGUUUUUGCCAUCAUAUGUUAUGAGAAUACAUGGAGCAAAACAGCAACGCGAAGCAGUUAAACGGGCUCCAAGGUGUCAACUUGAGCCUGUUUUUGAGGCCCUUAAUACUCUUGGCAGCACCAAAUGGAGGAUAAACAAAAGGGUGCUCAAUGUUAUAGAUCAAAUAUGGGCUAACGGGGGAUGUCUUGCUGACUUGGUGGAUCGGGAAGAUGUUCCCCUUCCAGAAGAACCAGAUACAGAGGAUGAAUCAGAAAUCCGAAAAUGGAAGUGGAAGGUCAAAGCUGCCAAGAAGGAGAAUAAUGAGAGACAUUCACAACGAUGUGACAUUGAGCUUAAACUUGCCGUUGCACGAAAGAUGAAGGAUGAAGAUGGCUUCUAUUAUCCUCACAAUCUUGAUUUCCGUGGGCGUGCAUAUCCCAUGCACCCACAUUUGAACCAUCUCGGUUCUGAUCUAUGUCGAGGUGUACUCGAGUUUGCAGAGGGGCGACCUCUGGGAAAGUCGGGAUUGCACUGGUUGAAAAUACAUCUGGCAAAUUUGUAUGCCGGUGGUGUGGACAAGUUAUCUUAUGAGGGCCGGAUAGCAUUUACCGAGAACCACGUGAAUGAUAUAUUUGAUUCUGCAGACAGACCACUAGAAGGAAAUCGUUGGUGGUUGCAAGCAGAGGAUCCUCUUCAGUGUUUGGCAGCAUGUAUCAAUCUCUCUGAAGCAUUGAGAAGCCCCAAUCCUGAGGCUACAAUUUCUCAUAUGCCUGUGCACCAGGAUGGUUCUUGCAAUGGCUUACAACACUAUGCAGCACUUGGCAGGGACAAGUUGGGAGCUGCUGCGGUUAAUCUUGUUUGUGGAGACCAGCCUGCAGAUGUGUAUUCGGGCAUUGCUGCCAGAGUUCUAGAAAUAAUGAAGAGGGAUGCAGAGAAAGAUCCUAAAACUAAUCCCAAUGCAUUGCAUGCUAAGUGUCUGAUCAGCCAGGUGGACCGAAAACUGGUGAAACAGACAGUGAUGACUUCAGUCUAUGGAGUAACUUAUAUUGGGGCCCGAGACCAGAUCAAACGUAGGCUAAAGGAGCGUUGUGCCAUUGAGGAGGAUUCAGAGCUGUUUGCUGCUGCUUGCUAUGCUGCAAAAACAACUCUCACUGCCUUAGAGGAGAUGUUUGAGGCCGCAAGAAGUAUCAUGGGCUGGCUAGGUGAUUGUGCUAAGGUGAUAGCUACCACAAACCAAGCGGUUCGGUGGACUACUCCCCUCGGGCUUCCUGUAGUACAACCGUACCGACAAUUAGGAAGACAUCUUAUCAAGACUUCCCUUCAGAUAUUGACAUUACAACGUGAGACUGACAAGGUCAUGGGUAAAAGGCAGAGAACAGCUUUUCCACCGAAUUUCGUUCACUCUCUUGAUGGUUCUCACAUGAUGAUGACUGCAGUUGCUUGUAAAAAAGCAGGGUUGAACUUUGCAGGGGUGCAUGAUUCGUAUUGGACGCAUGCAUGUGAUGUUGAUGAUAUGAACAGGAUACUUAGGGAGAAGUUCGUCGAACUCUAUGAGGCUCCAGUAUUAGAAAAUUUGCUUGAGAGUUUUGAGAAGAAUUUCCCAACCUUGAAGUUUCCUCCCUUACCGGAGCGAGGAGACUUUGAUCUCCGAGAGGUUCUGGAGUCUCCUUAUUUUUUCAACUAGACUCGAACCUAAACGCGAGUUGCCUAUCUAAUUAUAAUUCCCCUUGGCUUCAUCCAAUUAUGAUGAAAUUGGUAUUAUACCUAGUUCCUACUAGUCUUGUAUGAGAUUUCAAAAAGCUCAAGAACAAGACAUGAAAGAGGACACAAAAAAUGCAAAGCAAACUUUGGGAUAUGGCAAAUUCAGUGUCCAAUAGGAACCAAGAACUUCCCAACACAAUGCUGAACAGAUAUGCUUUCAUCCAUGAAGAGAUGUCCAAUGCCAAAUCCACUCUGUUUAUAUAACAAGGAAUCACAUGAUCCAACCGGGGAAUCCAUCUCGGUCCGGCGCCACCACCGAAUAUUGAUUUACAGGUUUAGAACCCUGCUUGAAUCAGUUGUAAAAGAAGAUUCAGCAAUAUACAGCAGCCAAUCUGUUUUUUGGUUCAUAGUUGAUAACACUGCUGAAUAGUGAUCAUUCUAAGUACCAAGGAGAUUUUCAUCAGAUGUGCAUGCUUCAGAAGAACCAAUUUCUUUUCUUUGUUUUUGCUUCUUAUAUAGGUUUGUAUUUUUAGUUUGAUUGUUAUUCUUUUUGUGGAUGAUGGGGAGAGGAGAAAAGAUGAGAAA